AUGGCAAUAAACGAGCCACAGCAAGCAACAGCACCUUUUGCGCCUCCCACUGCAUACAAAUUGACUUUUUUCGGUCGCCCUACACAAAUAUUAGGCCGGACACACACGGGCCGGUUGAAAAAACUCAAGAUAACGAGUGCUACCGGUCAAAGCGACCGCUCUGCCGCAGAGAAGCAGGCGGGGCCCGUCACGCACAAAACAAACUCGAGCGACAGACGUGACAGAGAUGCAUAUAUAUGGAUAGUGUAG